UUUAAAGAAGAAAUGGGAAGAAAAAAUUGUUUUUAUUGAUUGGAGUCAACCUAACCUGUUGAUCACGUGACACGUGCUUAUAUUAUAAUAAUUCCAGUGUCAACAUAACCUCCGUUGAAUGUUUAUUUGUAGAUUAAAAUUAUAACUUAUAUAAUAACGUAUAUAUUAAUUUAAAGACCCUGUUACUACUCGAAACAAGAAGAUUAUAAUGUAUCAAAUUACUGAGGCAUCAACCACUUACCAUUACGCCCGAGCAAAUCAUGAUGGAUGACAAUACCGGACAAACGUAUGUUAAAGUAUUAUUUUUUGCUAGUGCUCGUGAAAUUGCUGGUGUUAAAGAAUCCAAAAUAUUAAUCUCUAGACAUAUUAAUUCUACUGAAUUGCUGGAAAAAAUUGUUUCAAUAUUUGGAUUGGAAAGUAUACGCAGGAACGUAAUUCUCGCAGUUAACGAAGAAUUUAUUUCAAAUAAUGUCAAGCUCGAGCUCUGUGACAGAGAUGAAGUCGCAAUCAUCCCACCGCUCAGUGGAGGCUAAUGUGGAGGAGCCAAAAAAUAUAAUUAAACUCCAAAAAGAUAAGCUAGAGGUUGAUGAAAUUGUCAAGAGUGUUAUUUCACCAUCAUGUGGUGCAAUAUCGACGUUUAUUGGAACAACUCGUGAUAAUUUUGAGUCUAAAAAAGUUGUUAAACUUACGUAUGAAGCUUACGAGCCAAUGGCAGUUAAAGAAAUGACAAAUAUUUGCGAAAAAAUUCGAGCCAAAUGGGAUGUCAAGCAUAUCGCUAUUUUUCAUCGCUUGGGGGAAGUACCAGUGUGUGAGAGCAGUGUAGCCAUUGCUAUUUCUUCUCCUCAUCGUCGAGAAUCACUGCAAGCUGUUGAGUUUGCUAUUGAUACUCUAAAAUCAUCAGUUCCGAUUUGGAAAAAAGAAGUUUAUGACGACCAGCAGUCGACCUGGAAGGAGAACAAAGAAUAUGAUAAGAUAGUAAUUCCCAAAAAAGAACCGCUAGAUUGUAUCCAAGAGCCUUUGGCGGAAGAUAAUGGUGUACUGUCUGAUGAGGAUGAUUGCAAUAAAAAUGAGAUAAUUCCAGAUCAAAUCCAAGUUAAAGCUAGCGCUGAUGAACUCAAAAGAAGGAUUGAUUCUUUUAUUUUGAGGAAACGUCAACAUGUAAAUAGUGUAAAUGUUCAAGAAUUUUGUCAAUAUAGGUUUUUAAAUGAUCAAGUUGAGGAUUCGUGUGCCAGAGUUGAUGCUAUUUUAAUUCGUCGCAAAGAUUCUAAAAGUCACGUUAAAGUUCAUCGUGUGUAUAACCCGCAUGGACCACAGACAAACUUUUCGUCCUCCAAUGAAUCGAAUCAACAAAACACCAGCGGAAACUCAGUAUUAGAUGAGAGGUUGUCGGAGUCUGAGAAAUUUCUUGGCAUUUCUAAACCCGUUCCUCGCGAUAUUUAUGAGCGUGUUAAAAAAAUAGAAGACAAAUUACUUUACUUGGAAAGUAUUUCACCUGAAUAUAGAAAUAUUUGCAUUCGACAACAAACAGACAAAGAUGCAGACGACGAUGAUAAGAAUAAUCCCUCAAACAAAAGGACAUUUUCAACUGCUGAGUUAGACACAAAAUUACUAGAACUCGAAAAUAGAUAUGCGAAAAAAUUGAAGUAAGAUCCAGUAAUUUAUUGUAACAAUAUAACAUACAAUUUUUCAAUCGAUUAUAAGUAGUUCGUUAUUAUUUUUUGUGAAGAUUGAAACGUAAAAAUUGUAAUACGAUCAGACAAUUAUUAUGGAGUUUCAAUUUUAAAAUGUCUAUUAAAAGCUCAUUGAUAUGUUCAAUACGUCGUUAUUGACCUAACACAAAUAUAAAGUUGUCUAUAAAAAUUUUAUAUUAUA